AUGUUGAAGCCAAGCACUCCCUUUUUGGAAUUGUCUUACUCUCUGUCUUUCAGUAUCCAUCUGUUUUCCUCUUGUGAGGCUCUUCCUUCAUGUGCUAGUCACGAGACUGGGGCGCGACGACUAACGAUAAAGAAAAUAACACGAUCUAUAUGUAUGCAUAUGUGUGUGUUAAACCACUAUCUAUCUAUCUAUCUAUCUAUCUAUCUAUCUAUCUAUCUAUCUAUCUAUCUCAGUCUUUUUCUAUCUAUCUAUCUAUCUAUCUAUCUAUCUAUCUUCCUGUGUUCAUAUCUAUCAGUCUCAACCUGUUCAUCACUAUUUCAGUUUAUUCAUAUCUAUCUAUCUAUCUAUCUAUCUAUCUAUCUAUCUAUAACUUUGUGUGUUCAUAUCUAUCUUUCAUCCUUUUCACAACUCAGUUUAUUCAUCUCUCUGUUUGUCUCUGCCUCUCUCUCUCUCUCUCUAUCUUCCUGCGUUCAUAUCUAUCUGUCUCACACUUUUCAUAACUAUCUCAAUUUAUUCAUAUCUAUCUAUCUAUCUAUCUAUCUAUCUAUCUAUCUAUCUAUCUAUCUAUCUAUCUAUCUAUUUUAUUUCUUAUCUAUCUAUCUAUCUAUCUAUCUAUCUAUCGUAGUCUUAUGUUCAUAUCUAUCUAUCUAUCUAUCUCUUCUAUCUAUCUAUCUAUCUAUCUAUUUUAUCUGUCUCUGUCUUUUUAAAUCUAUCUUUUUCAGUUUGUUCAUAUCUAUCUAUCUAUCUAUCUAUCUAUCUAUCUCAGUAGUUCAUAUCUAUCUAUUUACCUCUGUCUCUCUUUCUCUAUCUAUUUAUUUAUGUAUCUUUCUAUCUAUCUGUUCAUAUCUAUCUAUCUAUCUAUCUAUCUAUCUAUCUAUCUGA